AUGACAUUUCACAUGGGUAAAACCACUGAUGAGAAAAAGGGAUCUCUUCUUCCAUUUUCUGCAGUUCGUGAAAGAACAGUGAAGAUUGCUAAAGGAACUGGUAACUACCCUUGGGGUUUCCGGAUCCAGUUCUCAAAGCCUAUCCUUGUGACUGAAGUUGACACAAAUAGUGCAGCUGAAGAAGCAGGUCUUCAGGUUGGGGAUAUUCUGAUAGCAGUCAACGGAACUGAUGUCACCAGCAUGCCACAUUCAGAAGCUGCUAAUCUGGCAAGGAAAGGUCCUGAUAUCUUGACCAUGGUGGUGGGAUCAGAUAUCAGCCGUUACCCUAAUACCCCCAGGCCUACCUGCCGAGGAUAUUUGCACAAACGAACACAGUCAGCAAUAUUAAAGGGAUGGAGGAAGAGGUGGUUUGUGCUGAAACAUAAUGGCUACCUCCACUAUUACAAACACAAGAAGGAUGAAGGGAAGUGCAGACCCCUGGAAGUAACAAAGUUGGAAGGAGCAGAAAUAGGUGCUGAUACCACUCUUGGUAAACCAUUUGUUUUUAAGUGUAUCCCUCAAAGUGGAAACAGGAUUUUCUACUUCUGUGCAACUUCCAACCAAGAAAUGAAGAGGUGGCUGGAGGCUAUGGAGAAAGCAGUUCAUCCUGUCCAUCAGAACCACGUGUGGGUAGAUGUCACACUGCAUAACACUACACUGCCACCCUUGGCCAUCAAAAACCCGGAGUGCCUGGGGCUCCUCCACCAGCUGGACAGAAGCAAAGAUGUCUGGAUUCAGCACUACUGCAUUCUGAAGGAUGGCUGCUUGUACUUCUAUGCCACUCUCCGCUCCACACCCGCCCAAGGUGGCCUCUACCUCCAGGGAUAUAUUGUGAGUGAACAGUCUCUAGGCUCCAAAAGAUCUGUAAUUGAACUCAAACCUCCAUCUGAAGAGUUUAAAACUUUCUACUUAUGUGCAGAGAACGUUAACGAAAACAAAAGGUGGAUUACAGCUUUGAAAGCAUCUAUUAAUAAAUGGUUGCCCCUACACCAGGCAAUCCAAGAUUUCAUGAACAGACCACUGGAGGAGACAAGGAUGUGAGAAGGAAGCUCAUUUUCCCCCUCAAUUUCUGUUUUCC